AAAGAGAACCAGUGGCGUCGAUUUUACUUGGGUGAAUUUUCCACAACGAUUUUCUCAUCCAAAUUCGAUCGGAUCGGAUCAGGGUUUCGAUUUUGAGUAGAAAGUCUAAACCUUUUUUUUUUUAUCGCUAUUCAUUAAGUAGUUGAAUCAAGAACCCUAACCUAGCUUUUUCCUCUUUUUGAGUUAUACUCCUAUCUCAUCAAACGUUAUCGGUUGUGUUUUUUUCAUAAAGAACGAAACUUUACUUCAGUUUCGAGCGGAUUAGAGUCAGUGACGAUGUCUUGGGCUGGUCCUGAAGAUAUAUACCUUUCAACUUCACUCGCUAGUUAUCUCGAUAGAAAGAUACUUGUGCUCCUUAGAGAUGGUAGAAAGCUAAUGGGAACACUCCGUUCAUUUGAUCAAUUUGCCAAUGCGGUUUUAGAAGGUGCGUGCGAGAGGGUGAUUGUUGAUGAGAAAUAUUGUGACAUUCCUUUAGGCCUCUAUGUAAUCCGUGGAGAGAAUGUUGUUCUCAUUGGUGAGAUGGACACUGAGAGAGAGGAGCUUCCUCCACAUAUGAUUCGCGUCUCAGAGACAGAGAUUAAGAGGGCGCAAAAAGUAGAAAGUGAAGCGAGUGAGCUGAGAGGAACAAUGAGGAAGAGAAUGGAGUUUCUUGACUUUGACUAAGUCCCGGUUAUGUCCUCAUUCACUAUUGGCUUGAUGCUCUGCUUUGGCUCGCAAGUUUUAUGAGGAGCCUUUUUGGUGUGUGGUGUAGGGGAGUAAUGUAGGUUUCAUUUUGAUUCUGGAAGUAUAUGACAAAAGAUAAUAUGAUUUUUACUUGUUUUACCUUACAAAUUGGAAGUUAUUUUACAAGUCUUAGAGUUGGGUUGGCA